AUGGCGGCGAAGGAGAUCGUCGACGGGAGCAAUUCUAUUGACGAAGGUUCCGAUCGGGAUCCAUGUCCAAUUUGCCUUGGAACCAUACUCGAAGAAUCCUAUCUUGAUACCUGUUUCCACAAGUUUUGUUUCAAAUGCAUCAAACAAUGGAUCAAAGUUGUUUCCAGCAAGGUCUCUAAGCAACUAUCUUCUGUCAAAUGUCCUCUCUGUAAGACAGAGAACUUGUCAAUCAUCCACAACUACGAUGGACACUCUUUUGAUCGGCAUUACAUCAGCCGAAAUAUUACAGAUGGCUUUGUCCUAACAAAAGAACAGAGAUAUAGGUUGCAAUGCUACUACACCGAGCCAGGUUUCUUGGCUGAUGUAUUUGAUGUUCCCCGGUUUUGGAAAUUGAAAAGAUUUCUCCAGCCAAACCGGAGUCUGGAAGCCUGGUUGAGAAGGGAGCUUCAAGCUCUUAUGCAAGACGAAAAUGUUGAUAUUGUGCUACAUCAUUUGGUCGGCGUAACGGACUCCUUCUGCAAAAGAAUCGAGCAGAGACACAAACAAGAAGCAAUCAGCGCAGAGACAAUUCAAGAACAAUUCAAAUCGGUGGUCUCAGAGGCAGCUCGACCGUUUGUAAUGGCGAGAACAGACCGGUUUGUGGAUGAGUUAGAGCUCUUCCUAGCAUCGGGACUGAACAUGGAGGCUUAUGACGCUGUCUACAAGCAGCGGUUAAGGUUGAAUAACCCAAAAGUGAUCGGUGCAGGUAAUGAAGCAAGAGAGGAAGAAGAAGCGGAGAACAGAAGAAACAGAGCAACUCCUUAUUUGUUCAUUUUCGACGAAGACUCGGACUGA